GGUAACUGCCGCUGACCAUAAUCUCUAAUUGACGAAUCGAUGUAGUUUGAAGUUUGUUGUUUCAAAAACAGAAAGAGUCUCUGUCGUAUUCCUGCCAAAAAUGGGAGCCGUUUUCGGUGUAUGUUCGGCUGCCACUUGUGCUGCAAAUUUAGCCUGCUGUUGUGGUAGCGCUGCCUGCGGUUUGUGUUGCAAAGCUUGCCCGACUUGCAAGAACUCAACAUCGACAAGGAUUGUCUACUCCCUGUUUCUUCUCUUUGGCCUGAUUAUUUCGUGUAUUGUGCUGAUUCCUGGGAUAAGACAAGAACUCGAUAAAAUACCAAAGUUCUGCGAGAAAGAAAGUGACAUUUGUGAUAAUGUUGUUGGCUACUUGGCAGUGUAUCGCAUCUGUUUUGCCAUGGCAGCCUUCUUCUUCCUGUUCUGCCUCAUCAUGUAUGGUGUUCGUAGUAGUAAAGAUCCACGGUCUGGAAUACAAAAUGGCUUCUGGGGUAUCAAGAUGCUUAUCUACAUCGGACUCAUUGUUGGAGCAUUUUUCAUCCCAAGCGGAACAUUCGUAGAAGUGUGGAUGUACUUUGGCCUCAUUGGGGCAUUUCUGUUUAUCUUGAUCCAGCUGGUCCUCCUUGUGGAUUUUGCACAUUCAUGGAACAGCUCAUGGGUUGAAAAAAUGGAAGAGACUGGCUCCAAAGUCUGGGCAGGGCUACUUCUUUUCUUCACGUUCUUAAUGUAUGGCACUGCCGUGGCAGGAAUUGUCUGCUUGUACAUUUAUUUCACUCAUGGUCAAGAGGGUGCACCAGAAAAGAAAUGUCACACCAAUAAGUUCUUCAUCAGUUUCAAUUUGAUCCUCUGUGUGGUUGCAUCAGUUUUAGCUAUUCAUCCCAAGAUACAAGAGCACCAGCCCAGAUCUGGUUUGCUCCAAUCAGCAGUUAUUACACUGUAUACAGUGUACUUAACAUGGUCUGCUCUACUCUAUGAUCCAGAUCUUUCAUGUAACCCCUUUGUGACAACUGACCCGUCAGUGAAAAGUGUGGACAAUCAGGCUAUCAUUGGCAUUGUGGUGAUGUUUCUCAUGGUGGUAUAUGCAAGCAUCAGGACAGCAAGCAGCUCACAAGUAGGAAAACUUGGCAUGACGGCACGAUCAAGUUCGUCAGGUACCACGGAAAGCACAACCCUCCACAAUGAAGCAGGAGGGACUAGUGAUGUAAACCUGAUGGAAGAGGGGAACAAGCAGCAGGUGUACGAUGACGAACAGGACCAAGUGGCUUAUAGUUAUUCCUUUUACCAUUUCAUGUUGUUUUUGGCUGCUCUUUACAUUAUGAUGACUUUGACCAACUGGUACAAACCUGAGGCCAGUAACAUCCAGAACCUCACAGCUAGUGAUGCAGCCGUGUGGAUCAAGAUCACUUCCAGCUGGAUGGGACUACUGCUCUACAUUUGGACCUUGAUCGCACCUGUCCUGUUUCCAGAUAGAGACUUUGACUAAGUGCGGCCACACCCACCUUGCAACACAACACUACACUACAACUUUAUCACUCAGAGAUAGAACUCAGGGGUUAUGCUUGAAAUCAAAGUUGAGGUUUAUUCUGUUAUUUGCGCAAUAUUAGCUAAUGAUAUGAUCACAGUUGUUGUUCCAAUGGCCUGCAGUACUUCAGCUAGGUGACUCGGUCUUUUUCUAUAUGAAGGUUUAAAUUAGUACAGUGAAACCUGUAUUAAGCGGACCCCAUAUUUAGCGGACACCCUCUAUUAAGUGGACACCAGCUUGAGUC